AUGAGUGCUCUCUCAAGCUUCCAUCAAUCAUGGAAGACGUUGAUUCUCGCGAGCCAACGUUGCAACACAGUGAAGCAAAUCAAAUCAACGCAUGCUCUGUUCAUCAUCCAUGGCCUCCAUCGAAACACUUACGCGAUUAGCAAACUUCUCACAGCUUUUCUCCAUCUUCCUAAUUUGAACAAACACUUUCACUACGCUUCCACUAUCUUCGAUUCGAUUGAGAUUCGUAAUACAUUUGUCUAUGAUACUAUGAUAAGAAUCUGCUCAAGAAGCUCUCUGCCUCAGUUGGGUUUACGAUAUUUUAGGUUAAUGGUGAGUGAAGAUGAAAAGGAGGAAGAAGAUAUAGCUCCAAGUUAUCUCACUUUUCAUUUCUUGAUUGUUGCGUGUUUGAAAGCUUGUUUAUUCUCUGUGGGUAAGCAAAUCCAUUGUUGGGUGGUUAAAAAUGGUGUCUUUUUAUCGGAUGGUCAUGUACAGACUGGUGUUUUGAGGAUUUAUGUGGAAGAUAGAGUAUUGGUGGAUGCACGCAAAGUGUUCGAUGAAAUUCCGCAGCCAGAUGUUGUGAAAUGGGAUGUUUUGAUGAAUGGGUAUGUUAGAUGUGGUUUAGGAUCUGAGGGUUUAGAGGUGUUUAGGGAGAUGUUGGUUAGAGGAAUUGAGCCUGAUGAGUUUUCGGUUACCACCGCAUUAACGGCCUGCGCACAAGUUGGGGCUCUUGCUCAGGGGAAGUGGAUUCAUGAGUUUGUGAAGAAGAAGAAAUGGGUUAAGUCUGAUGUAUUUGUAGGAACGGCACUUGUUGAUAUGUAUGCUAAGUGUGGUUGCAUAGAGACGGCUGUGGAAGUUUUCGAAAAGUUGACUAGGAGGAAUGUCUUCUCAUGGGCAGCCUUAAUUGGUGGAUAUGCGGCUUAUGGUUAUGCAAGGGAAGCUAUUAUGUGUUUGGACCGGAUGGAGCGAGAAGAUGCUAUUAAGCCUGAUAGUGUAGUUCUUCUUGGGGUCUUAGCCGCUUGUGCUCAUGGAGGAUUUCUUCAAGAAGGCAGAUCAAUGUUAGAUAAUAUGGAAUCUCGAUACGGAAUUACUCCAAAGCAUGAACAUUACAGUUGUAUAGUAGAUCUGAUGUGUAGAGCUGGAAGAUUAGAUGGUGCACUUGAUCUAAUUGAAAAAAUGCCCAUGAAACCGCUUGCGUCUGUUUGGGGUGCUUUACUGAAUGGUUGUCGAACGCAUAAGAAUGUUGAACUUGGAGAACUAGCUGUUAAAAAUCUUCUUGAGUUAGAGAAAGGAAAUGUGGAUGAAGAGGAAGCAGCUCUAGUUCAACUAUCCAAUAUUUACUUUAGUGUUCAAAGAAAUCCCGAGGCAUCUAAAAUUCGUGGGAUGAUAGAUCAGAAGGGAAUAAAAAAGGCACCAGGAUGCAGUGUGUUAGAGGUGGAUGGAGAUGUUACAAGAUUUGUUUCAGGAGAUUUGUCGCACCCAAAUCUGCUACAAAUUCACACAGUGAUUCAUCUCCUAUCUGUUGAUGCCUUGCAGUUUCUGUAGCACUCACUCUUGAAGCUGCAAAGCUUAUCAGAAGACAUUCUUGAGCUGUCUUGUUUCUACAGAUCUUCUGUUGAUUAUCUCUAUCUGCAAUGCACUCGAGGGUUGAUCUAAGGCUAUGUAGUACAUAUGAAGGACCAAGAGGAGCUUCUGAACAUGAUGCAGUUCUAUAUCCUAUAUAUUUAGUGGCAUCAUUUGACCUCCCCCAGGAACUGGAAAGUUAAGCUUAAGCUGAAAGAAAAGGAUGAACCUCUCUGAGGACCCCUGAGUGGCAUUUUAAAGAAGUGGCUGAUUCAGAUUUCAUGGUGUCGGGAGAAUGGAAGAGAAGUGCAUGAGCGAAGAAAGGAAUGAAAAUGGCAUGGCGUUUGAACAGACCUAUUAAGCAUCUAUAGAGAGUAGAGUGAAUGAGAAUUCUGACACUGGAAAGCUGAAUAAAUAACGUAACCCCUGAUUGAUGAGGGUGUGUGUCUUGUCUUCGCUCAGGAACAAUGGUUUCUCUCAGGGAUCUGUGGAUGGCCAAGGCUGCGAGUUUACGUUCAAGGAUUGGUUUGAAGAUGAUCAUUCAUGGGAAAAGUUUCAGGUACUUUGGAACCCUUUUUUAGUUUCUUUGAUUUGGAUUAGAGAAAAAAAAGGUUUCUUUUGUUUUCUUGUUUGUGGUGUUAAUAUGUAUUAGAGAUUGUUGUUAAGGGCAUAUUAGGAAACAGCUACGUACUUGUAUUUGUAUGACAUUUCAUUUCAUCUAAUAUUAGUCUAACUCACGAGUGAAGUCAGGAGAGA